ACUUUCAUGGCCAAACUAGACAUGUUCGUCAACCGGUGCUCUGAUUGUUGUCAAUUUUGUUUAUCUACAAAGGUUACGUUUCUGAGUUUCUCCACAUAUCAAUCCAACUCUGUCACAGAUCAAGAAUAUUUGCAGAGUUCUUCAAAAUUUCAGCCAUGCACUUUCAUAAGCAAAUUCAAUGGCAAAUCCUCUUAGCAUAUAUGAUCAUUAUUAGCUUCACAAUUCUUUUGGUCAGAAGUACUCCUCCAGAAGAUCACAUAAGAUGUUCAUCCGGCAACACAAAUUGCACCAUCACAAAUUCUUACGCUACAUUCCCAGAUCGAAGCAUAUGUCAUGCAGCCGAAGUUGUUUAUCCAACAACAGAAGAAGAGCUGAUUUCGAUCGUAGCAAAUGCAACUUUUCUGCGGAGAAAAAUGAAAGUAGCAACCUCAACAUCACACAGUAUACCUAAACUUAUAUGCCCUGAGGGAGAAAAUGGCCUGAUUAUUAGCACCAAGGACCUCAAUCGGACCCUGAAUAUCGACAAAUCAGCCAUGACCAUAACAGUUGAGCCUGGAAUGUUACUAAGGCAGCUGAUCAAUGAAAGUGCCAUGGCUGGAUUAGCUAUACCUUAUGUCCCAUAUUGGUGGGGUGUAACUGUCGGUGGAAUUUUGGGCACGGGUGCCCAUGGAAGCUCACAGUGGGGUGAAUCGGGCAGUGCAGUUCAUGAUUUUGUGAUUCAACUUCGGAUUGUGACACCUGCAGGCCCUGAUGAGGGUUAUGCAAAAGUUCGAACGCUGCAAAAUGGUGACCCUGAGCUUGAUGCUGCCAGAGUGUCCCUUGGUGUUCUUGGAGUGAUUUCCCAGGUGACUCUUCAACUGCAACCAAUGUUUAAGAGGUCUAUCACCCUUCUAGAGAAAAAUGAUUCAGACUUAGCAGAUCAAGUGUCCACCUUCGGCAGACAACACGAAUUUGCAGAUUUAACGUGGUACCCAAGUCAAAGCAAGGUUGUCUAUCGUAUUGAUGAUAGAGUCUCCUCAGGCACUCCUGGAAAUGGUGUUUAUGAUUUUGCGGCUUUCCGGUCUGUCCCUUCACAAUAUCUUGCCAUGGCAAGAAGCUUAGAGGAAAGUCAAGAAUCCAGGGGUACAAGUGUUGGUGGGGAAUGCGUAACUGGGUCAGUUUGCACAUCCCCAAUGGAGAUGGCUGCAUAUGGAUUGACUAGAAAUGGAGAGAGUCAAGAGUCCACAAGUGAUGUUGUAGGGAAAUGUGUAACAGCAGCACAAACUCUAUCCCAACUGGCAGUGGCAGCAUAUGGGUUGACCAACGAUGGUAUGGCUUUCAAUGGCUACCCUGUAGUAGGCUAUAACAAUCAGCUUCAAUCAUCUGGUACAUGCCUAGACAGCCUAGAAGAUGCAUUGGCAACAUCAUGCCCUUGGGACCCUAGAAUUAAGGGCUUAUACUUCUUCUAUACUGCAAUCAGCAUCAGCUUGUCCAAGACUAAGGACUUCAUUGAAGAUGUGAAGAAACUUGCUGCUUUGCAACCUGAGGCUUUCUGUGGCCUAGACCUCUAUAUUGGUAUCCUCAUGAGAUAUGUCACUGCUUCAACUGCUUACUUGGGUAAAGAUGAAGAUGUUGUAGAAUUCGACAUGAUUUACUAUAGAAGUAAGGAUCCAAUGUCCCCAAGAAUCUAUCAAGACAUCCUUGAAGAGAUAGAGCAACUAGCAUUAUUUAAAUAUGGAGGGUUGCCACAUUGGGGGAAAAACAAAAAUAUGGCUUUUAUCGGGGCAAUCAAGAAGUAUAAGAGUGCUAGUGAGUUUUUGAAAGUAAAAAUGUUGUAUGAUCCUUUAGGGUUGUUUUCCAAUGAAUGGACAGACCAAAUUCUUGAAGUGAAAGAUGGGAUUAGUAUAGUGAAGGAAAAUUGUGCCUUAGAAGGAUUAUGCAUAUGCUCGGAGGAUGUUCAUUGUGCCCCACAAAAGGGAUACUUUUGUCGACCAGGAAAAGUUUAUCAAGAAGCUAGGGUUUGUGUUCAUUUGUCAUAUGAAGAUGGGUAUGACUGGUCUUAGAAAUAUUAAAUUAUUCUUUAAGGAAAUUAUGUUGUAAUUUGCUCCCUUAAGUGGACAAUUGGAUUUCAUCCGUCUGCACGUCCCUAAUUGAGUCUAUUCAGUCCCUCACUAUGUACAAUUUUCUUUGUAGUAAACUUGUUAUAAGUCAGUUUACAUUAAGUAUACAGAGAUUAAGCUCAAAAAGUUCUUUUUUUUUUUAAGCCCAGAUCCAAAAGUUCAGU